UACAUCAGUUGUCACUUUCAAUAGUUUAUUGGUCUCUGCUUUCAAUCUACAGACAGCUUUUAAAAUUUCAGGAUAACCAAUUUAACUUGUUGAUUUAAGUGUAAAAUAUAUUGGAAAUAAAACUGAAAAAUACAUUAAUAUAACCUAUUUAAAAAAUUCAUUCAUCACUAUGGGCUCUGAUUUAAUUGAUAAGUUUAAACAGUUAGAUGCAUAUGCCAAAACAUUAGAUGAUUUUAGGGUAAAAACGGCAACCGGAGCAGCAAUUACGAUCACCAGCGUUGUUGUUAUGAUUUUGUUAUUUCUAUCAGAACUUUAUGUAUACAUGUCACCAAAUAUAUCUGAGGAAUUAUUUGUGGACACGUCAAGAGGACACAAGCUACGUAUAAAUCUUGAUAUUACAGUGCCAACAAUUUCCUGUAGUUAUUUAGUUCUUGAUGCAAUGGAUUCAUCUGGAGAACAGCAUCUACAAAUGGAUCAAAAUAUACAUAAGCGAAGAUUAGACUUAAACGGAAACCCAAUAGAAGAACCCAAGAAAGAAGAAAUUUCAACUGCUUCUACAGCAAAAGCAAACCAGAAUUCAUCUGAAGUAGCAAUAAUUACAUGUGGAAGCUGUUAUGGAGCUGCAUUUAAUGAAUCUCAGUGUUGCAAUACUUGUGAAGAUGUGAAAGAAGCUUAUAGACUGAGAAAGUGGGCUUUACCAAAUUUAACAACUAUUGAGCAAUGUAAAAAUGAUGAGUCACUGGAGAAAACAAACUUAGCACUUAAAGAAGGAUGCCAAAUAUAUGGACAUAUGGAAGUUAAUAGGGUUGGAGGAAGUUUCCACAUAGCCCCAGGCAAGAGUUUCACCAUAAAUCAUGUCCAUGUACAUGAUGUGCAACCAUUCUCAUCAUCAGUAUUCAACACAACUCAUAUAAUUCGACAUCUGUCUUUCGGAACUAACAUUGAAAGUGCCAACACUUCUCCCUUGGAUGGCGUAAAAGGACUGGCUACCGAAGGAGCUGUAAUGUUCCAGUAUUACUUGAAGAUAGUUCCGACAAUGUAUGUAAAAUUAGACAAUACAGUUUUGCAUACUAAUCAAUUUUCAGUAACCAGACAUCAAAAAUCAGUCUCAAAUGUAAAUGCAGAAUCUGGUAUGCCUGGAGCCUUUUUCAGUUAUGAAUUGUCACCUUUGAUGGUUAAAUAUACAGAAAAGGAAAGGUCCAUUGGACAUCUUGCUACAAACAUUUGUGCUAUAGUUGGCGGAGUGUUUACUGUGGCUGGAAUACUUGAUACUCUAUUAUAUCAUUCCCUGAAUGCAUUUCAAAGCAAAAUGUUGUUAGGUAAAACUGGUUGAGGUCACAAUGUUUUCAGAAACAUAUUGAAAUCAUCUACAUUUGAUUUGGCAUACUUUUUACAAAAUUCAACAUCUGUAUCCUCUAUUAAACAUUUUACUGGUAUAUAAUUUUCUUUUUUUGGAUCAUACUGAGCUCGGCCAAGCUUUUCUAAAAACAUAUGUCUUUGUUUUAUUCUAAAAUUCCUUGACAACAAUACUUCUGGACUCUCCAAUAUGGCACUAUGAGAAAUUUUCAUGAUAUUGUGUAUAUAAUUGAAUCUUUGUCCCAGAACUUUUUGAUCUGAAAUAAAUAAUAAAAAUAUAAGUAAUACACUUUA